UUUAGAUUUAUCGAAAACUUACGAGUUCUUUUACUAUAAAUAACCAAAAUAAAUGGGCACACAAUGAACGCCGGGGAACCUAUUUGUGUAUCACAGCACUUUGUAAAUAAAUUAAAUAUAAGAUCAUUUGGGAACUGUGUGAAACUAAAUAUUUUGAAGACCGAAGACGACUCCGCUUUCUUACAUCAAGUUUUAUGGAACGAGCAGUUGGUAAGAGAAACACCAAAGGACUUGUUAGAUAUCCUGAACAGUUUAAAGAAGAAUUUAUAUAAUAAUUCAAAACUAGACUUCAGAAACUACUUUUCUAAAAUAGCCCAAGAUGGGGGUUUGUCACCGCUCAAGAAGGAAGAAAUUUUUAACUGUUGCACAAGUGCCUUGCAUCAAAUUUUACCUAAAGCUUUAUUAGCAAGUAAUCAUAAUGCAAAAAUAUUUAGAAAACUUGUGAAAACUGUUGUUUUCAGCAUGAAGAGACAAUAUAUCAUAGCUUCAAAAAUGGUCGAAAAUUGGGACUUCACCGUAAGUCCUUGGAAUACAUUACCGAGUGAUAAAGUGAGAAAUAUCCUAAACAACAUAUUAUAUUGGAUUCUGAAAUAUAUAUUAUCACCAAUGCUAUGCUUAAACUUUUACGUCACAAGUUGCAAAUUUGAUGCUGAUGAAAACAAACUGUAUUUUUUUUGGAAAAGCCAAUGGCAAAGUUUUUAUGAUAAGCAAAUACUGAAAAUGAUUAAACUGAAAACUUUACAAAAAUGCGAUGUUUAUUGUUUAGGAAAGAAGUACAAAAUGAUGUAUAGUCUUCAUGAUAUAUUGAAGUUAAAAGCUAUGAAUAGAGAAAUCCCAAAGUUGCACUUUGUUUUAAAAGGUAACAAUGAUUGUCGGCCAAUAGUUAGGUAUAAGCAGGACAUACACAGUCCGGCAGACAGAUACAGAAUGAGAGAAAGAAUGGCCUUUUUAAAAACACUCACUGGGAAACCAAAUGAGAGAUUAGAAAGUCAAUACAACACUUUAUACCAAGAAUGGAUAAGACAGAAUAAACCUGUACUAUUCUUUGUGAAAACGGAUUUAAGCAAUGCUUUUGGUUCCAUAAACAAAGAAAAACUCAUGAAGAUACUAAAUGAAAGGCAUUGCCAUUUUCAAAAUUCUGAAACUAACAUGAAUAUGAAGAAAAAAAUUGCUCAGCAAUAUAAAGAAAUGGUGACAGAGUUAAAUAAGCCUCUCUUAGUCCGAGCAGGUUCCACAAUCUACAAGUGGAAACAAGGGUUGGUCCAGGGCUACAAGUUUUCACCGGCUUUAUCAGAGCUUUACUACACACACCUUGACAAAACUUAUUUCUCUCAUUUACAAAAAUCACAAUCACAACUGAGACUCUUUAUCAGAGUAGUUGAUGACUAUUUGUAUAUUACCGACUCUCUAGAAGAUGCUUUUUCCUUUCUGGAAGCUUUGUCAAACUACAGCAAUGUGAACUAUUUAAAAACUAUGAUAAAUUUCUCAUAUCCAGGAAUAAAAUCAUGCAGCACAAUAAAUUUCCUUGGGUACAGUUAUGAUACAAAAACCAUGCAAGUAAGCCGAGCUAGCAAUGUGUAUGCUGGACAAAUGUGCUAUAAGAUAUCCUUUUCCAUGGCCAUAAGUAACCCUUACAAGUUACUUGAGAACCGCAUAGGCCAGUCUGGGAUUCAAAUAAAUGGCCACCUCUUCAAUCUGUUCCAUAACACAGAGGAGCUGAUUUGGAAGCACAUAUUCACCACAUUUUGCCUGUCGGCUAACAAAUUCUGUACUAUAUUGGCCAUCUUGUGUAAUGAGAAUGAUAUAUUGAACUACCUGCCUCUUUACAAGAAGCGAGUGGUAGUCAAGCUGAGUAACGCCAUAUUAGAAACUUUAAAGAAGAAUACACCAGCUGAAAUCAUGUUUGUUCAUUGUAUAAACCACUUGCGGUACUUGGCGUUUAAGGCAUUAUGCUUAUGUGCAAGCAAAACAUCAAAAUGCAGUAUACUAGUUGCACCAGUGAAAGAUGAGAUGGCUAAAUCCAAUUGCAUAUUUGGCAAAUGGAAGGAACAUGCAAGUAAAAUCGAUUUUGAAGGGAAUUGCAGAAUGCAAGCCAUUCGCGAAGUUUGUAAGAGGCCAGAUCUGAAGGUCAUAAUGAAGAAAUUCGAAAUUCUGCCUGAAGGCUUUCAAUGCUACAAACAUAUAGACUGAUUUAUAGUACUGAGUGAUAAGUAUAAGUAAAAUAGCUGAUUGUUUUAAAAUCACUUUUAUUUCUUGCAACAAAAUGACUUUCACAUUGUAACAUAGAAGUAGUAGUUGAAGUCCAUUAAAGUGAGAUAGAAUUCUUAGUAGUAAAGUAAAAUGUAAAUAUGUAUAAAAAAAAUAAGAACUUCAUGGAUAUGAAAUUGUACAAAGUAUACAUUUAAAACAUAUCUAAAAUUAAUAAAAAAAAGCAUACAAGUUAAACUUUCGUGAGACAUAUUCAUACGUACUCACGUUAUUAUAUCGCUAUUGCUGCGACAUGUUUCGGGCCAAUUUGGAGGCCCCUCUUCAGGCAUA